ACGGCAAUCAGCUGAGUAAAUUUGUGACAAACAAAACAGUGUUUUGAUUCGGUCAAAUUUUGACGUUUCAUUUGCGGGCACUCCACGUUGAUUCUUAAUUAAUAAACAUAACAUUUAAUGUUACAUUUAUUAAUUAAAUAUUUUAAUUAAUUUAUUAUGGGGGUACGCGGUUUAACAAGCUAUAUAGCACGACGUGCCGAAUUAUACCUGACACCAUAUGAAUUGCAUGACUGCAGUUUGGUCAUCGAUGGCGAUAACCUGGCAUGCAAUCUUUAUAAGGAUGUCACGGGCACCUAUUCGGCAUUUGGUGGUGAUUACGAUGAUUUCUAUCGUGGCGUAGUGCAAUUUUUUCACGUACUCGCUGAAUGCAAUGUACAAGCUUACGUUUUAAUGGACGGUGGCUACGAACACCGUAAGUUGCGUACCGUUGCCAAGCGUUUACGCGGUAAAAUCUCUGUAAUAAGGCGUAUCAAUCCAUGUGGUUCAAUACCAGUGUUUCCAGUUAUGAUGAAAGAGGUUUUUGUAGACGCUGUACGUGAUUGUGGUAUACCUGUUAUGCGUUGCACUUUUGAGGCAGACGAUGAGUUGGCAGCCUUGGGUCGUAGAUUACAUUGUCCUGUACUGAGCUAUGAUUCUGACUUUUAUAUACAUAACGUACAGUAUAUACCACUUAUAACUUUAACAAUGAAGGCUCAUACCAAAUUGCUUAAGGAAAAAAAUGGUGAAACAGAUAUUGCAGACUCACAGCAACCUACCCGGAAUUUACGUAAAAAUGAAGCUAGGCAUAUCGAAAAAUUGACAACAGCACAUCGCGUUAUGAGUGGAAUAUGUACUAAUAAUGUAGAUAAACGUGCCGGUAAGAAGAAUCAAUCAUACAAAUAUCUGGAUUGUUGUAUAUAUCGUAUUGAGAAUUUAAUAACUUGUCGUUCGUUGAGUGAGGAGAAGUUACCACUAUUUGCAGCGCUUUUGGGUAAUGAUUACAUAUCACGUUCUGCUUUCCAUAACUUCUUUGUCGGUGGUUUGGUUAAAUUGGGACGUAGUCGUAAAACGAAUCAUCAACAACGACGAAUACGCGUUAUACUCGAAUGGUUGAAGCAUGAAACAGUGGAAUCGGCAUUGGAAAAGAUUUUGACGCGCUUGAAGAAACAACAACGUGCCUCUCUGCUGGCACAAGUGCAGGAUGCUAUAAGUGGAUAUUCAAAUGAAAAGUGCGAAUCGUAUGAUUUCUUUUUGGCUAAUUAUGAAAACGUGCUCAAGAAUUCCGACACUGUUUCCAAUAAGCAGAAAAAGACUUCAAAGCGGAAAUUAUGUGACGAAAAAGAAUUGGUAGAAAUUGAGACUGCUAAUGUUGAAUCUAUACAAAAAGAUCUUAGUGCUGAAGAGAAAUGUGCAAUAAACCUUACAAACCCUGUGUUAAUUCUUGGUGAAGAGAACAGUCCACCAUUCAAACCGAAACCGCUUAGCGAUACUAGUCUUCAAAAUGGCAAUGUUAAUAUUAUUGAUGAUGACAGCGAGAAACAUCUUUGCAAUAAUAUUAGCUCACAAAAAUCUGAAUUAGUUGCUGAUGACGCUGAAGAUAAUUUUAAAAUUUGUGAUAGUGCAGGCACAGAUGAAAAGGAGGCGCAAUUCGUUGAUGACAAUAAUGAUGAUAAUGUUGAAGAUGAUUUUGAAAAAUGUGAUAGUGUUGACACAGAUGAAAAGGAGGCACAAUUAGUUGAUGACAAUAAUGAUAACAAUGGUAAUGAUAAUGCUAAUGAUGAGGAUGACGAUGACGAUGACGGUGAUGAUGAUGAUGAAAAUUAUGAUGAAGAUAAAGAAUGCGAAGAGGAAGAGGAAGAGAAUGACGGCGAAGAUAUUGACGGCGUAGAAGAGUGUGACGGCGAAGAGUCCGAACAUGUCGAAAAAGUACAGUUUCCAGUUUGGUUUUUAAAAAAGCUUUACCCAGCGAAUUUACCACGAUUUGCAGUGGAUCUAGUCUACCUAAAAAAGUAUAUAAACAGUCCUCAAAUAGAGCACUUUCCAUACAAUGACUGUAAUGAAAUCUCCAUCGACAUACUUAAGUACAUAUAUUUGCUAUUUAAUUCUGCUCUUAGUGAUGAACCUAAACUACCAUUGCAUAAAGAACCGGAUGAAUCACCACUUCAAUUCACAUACAUGGGUCGCGCUCCCAGGGUGUCGAACAUACGAUAUCAGCAUAUUGAAAUCGAGGGUUCGUUAACACAUGCCUAUGAACCAGAUAAUCCCAAUCCUUUGCUGUUUCAAGAUUUCUUCGAAACACAUUUGAAAAAGUUCGACACAAAUAUGUUAUUUGAGCAUGUUAAACUAUUGCCCAAGGACCUGCAGUUAUAUUUUAUUGCCAUAGUUUUUUGGCUACAAAGGUCGCAACAUUGUGAUUUAUUGCAUCUGCAUGCGUUAAUUAUUUGCGUGGUCAUAUUGCGCACGGUCGAUGCCAAUAUACCAGCCGAACGAGAUCUAAAAGAAUUCCAAAAGCGUUUUGGCAAAAUUAUCAAAAGGGAACGGCAGGUACGUGAGAAGGAGGCACUGGCGGAAAUCAAACGUACCAUCAAAGAUGACAUCAAGUUGUUGCCUGUGCCGGAACGUAUGCAAUUUGUGCCGAAAUCCGAUUGCUAUCUUGUGCAGGAUGCGCUUCUAAAGCAUUUCCAUAUGCAAGAAAUAUUCAAAAAGAAAUACGAUCUCUACUCUUCGAUUGUGUUGCAUGCUUUCGCUGAAUUUCAAUCUGUCGUCUUUCAGUUGAACACACUCAGUGCCUUGCUCGACUUUCCCUUCGCCAGUACGCGCAUGGGCGAUUUAUAUUCCGGUGUGUUUCUAUAUAAUUUGUACGAUUUACUACGUGGACGAGUGGAUGUGUUUUACUAUGUACAGCAGAACAUCUUUCAAGACUCAGUCAUGAUGUACGAUUUGUAUAAAUUUCUGAUUGAUUGGUGCGUCCCAUUCGUGCCAUUUUGGAAGGAAGAUAAGAUGACAGAAACAACACAGCAGGCUAAUAAGAAAUUGCUAAAGAAACAGAGGCAGGCUUUGCGAAAGAAAGCAGCUGAAGGUGGGGAGGGUUCGAUAACUUCUGCGGAUCCUAACAUUGCUUCGUUAAGUAAUAAUGAUUCGACGGAGGAUGAGUUCAAUGAUUUGAACAAUAAAUUCUGUGCACUUCUGAAGGUCGGAUAACUUUAAGUAAGCCUUAAUGUAAAAUAUGUUUUAUAUAAGAAUAAAUUUAUUUUCUUUUAUACAAAUUAUUGA